AUGUCUUCCAUUCCCAAGUCCGACGAGGCCCUCUUCGCCGAAGCAGCCGCCGAGUGGCAAGCCGAGCACGACGCCGGCCUCGAGUCUCUCUGCUCCAUGGGCGACGCGCUCAUCGCCGAAGUCGAAGCCCACGAGAAGCAGAAGCGCGCCGCCACCAAGCCCCAACCCCUGCGCCACCUGCCCGGUGCUCAAGCCUACAUCGUCACCGGCAUCGUCCCGGUCCACCCGCAGACCGUCUCGGACUUCGGUUUCGACCGCACCGUCACCCAGGCGGACGGCUUCCAGCUGCUGGAUGUGUAUCGCCACCUCAUGGUCACUACGCUCAGCGUCACCUCGGGCGAGGUGCACGCCUGGCUGGGCGAGGGAAAGGCUGUGCUGUUGAAGAAUGUGCAGGACAAGCUGCGAGCUGCGCUGGAGGCGGGCGGGGGUAGUCGGGAGGAGAUGAAUCAGUUGAAGGAUACUUUCCGCUGGCUCACCCGCAACCGCUACAUCUGGGACCCCACCUACGCCAACUCCGAGACGCGCGCCUACAUGGACGCGGCCGGCGCCAAGCCCAUCAACACCAAGGCCGACUUCCUCGAGCAGGUCAAGCUGAUGAGCGACGGCCUGUUCAAGGUCGCCGACAGCCGGAAGGCGCGCGAGGCGCGCGGCGAGGCGGGCGUUGCAGCCGACGAUAGCGGCGAGGCCAGCGUCCACCACCUCACGGGCCCGGGCGGCAUGCCCUUUGCGCCGAUCAUGUACAUGCCCGGCGCGAACCUGGCGGGCUUCGCGGAGGAGAUCAAGGCGCAGCAGGUUGCGGCGAAGGUGGCGCGCAAGAAGGCUGCUAUGGCGCAGGAGAAGUAG